AUGCUUUCCGAUCGAGCAUUCAAUCCGGACUAUGAUACUGUUCUCCGUCUUUUUCGACAAUACCGUGAGACUGCACUUGGCAGUCGUAAUGGAAAAUCGAUGUUUGAGCGAAUGGUCGAAGAAUACAACAAUUCAGGUCUUAUGCAGCGAGUGCAUGAGAAAGUUCCACAAGCACGCGAGCUGUGUUAUAUGGACGCUUCGGCUUCAUUCGAACACCUUAACAUGUCGAUUACCCUCCUCUAUACUAGCUGCGCGGUCGGUGCCCUUCCGCUCGGACUAUUUAUUACUUCAGACGAACUCGAAAUCACAUUAGAAAGGGCGAUAAAUUUAUUGAAAACGAUUCUUCCUGGAUAUGCCUUUUUCGGACGUGGUCCACAACGCCGUCAAUUUUGGGCACUAUCUUUUCGAGUUGGAUUACCUAUGCGCGGAAAUAACACAAACAACUAUGUCGAACGAGGUUUUGGAAUUUUAAAAGAUAUAAUUUUCGCGAGGACGCAAGCAUAUAAUAUAGUACAAGUAUUUCAGUUUGUAGUAACAAAUAUGGAGAGAUUUUAUGAGCGGCGGCUGCUUGGAAUUGCACAUAAACAUCCUGGACACUUACGCAUUGCAAAACGGUUUUUGUGCCCUGGUUGGGAAGAAGUGAAUGUGAAUUCUAUUAAAGAAACAGGCAUAAGAAAUGAAUUUUCAGUUCUUGGGAGUAGUCGCAAUAUCAUAUUGCAAGAUUUAAUUCAACACUUGAAGAUCGUAUGGGUAUAUGCCUACAUUGCACUUGUGAAAGCAGAUUAUCAAAAUGCUGGCCCUCAAUUAGGCGCUGCACUAGACAAAUUUGCAGAGCGAUAUCGUUCAGCAAAAUCAAAAUCGAUUCCUCGACUUAUUUCCUAUUUCUAUGACCUUAAUCGUGAAUUAGACCCAACAGUCCGUGUUAAAAGUGGUUCCAUGAUCCGUGUUCAGGUUGAAUCCAUUAAAAGACGAAAGGCUGAAGGUGCUGGUGGUAGAAAGAGAAAGUUACCCACUCUUGUCAGUGAAGAAAAGGAAAUUUUGGAUCCUCAUGUUAUUCCUGCACGAAAGAAAAAACGACGGCUAAAAAAGGUCAUCAUUUAA